AUGUCUUCGGCCUCAAAGCAAAAACGUUUGGCUAAAAAAGCAGCGAAAAAUGGUACUGUAAAUGCAUCAUCGAAACCUGGAUCAACAUCAGUAGUAGCAGCUGCCGAAGAUUUAUCCCUAAGUUCUUUAAAGAUUUCGAACGAAAGAACCGCAAGCGGUGUUCUUACCUCACAACCAAUGUCUAAAGAUAUUAAAAUUGAACAGUAUAGCUUAUCUUUUUUUGGACGUGUUUUGGUUGAUAAUACAACGAUUGAACUGAACUUCGGAAGACGAUAUGGUUUAAUUGGGGCUAAUGGAUCAGGAAAAAGUACAUUCUUAGCUUCUUUGGCUGCAAGAGAAGCACCAAUUCCCGAACACAUUGAUGUAUAUCUAUUAAAUCAAGAAGCAGAACCUCUGGAAAAAGAAGUCGAAGACAUUUUAGCAGAACUUGAUGGCGCAGAUGACCCAAGACUAGAAGACUUAUAUGAUCGUAUUGCGGCUCUGGAUGAGUCGACAUUUCAGACCCGUGCUAAUAUAUUACUUCAUGGUCUAGGAUUUUCGGAAUCCAUGAUGAAAAAGAAAACAAAAGACAUGUCUGGUGGUUGGAGAAUGCGUGUUGCUUUAGCAAAAGCUUUGUUUAUUCGUCCCACCUUGUUGUUAUUGGAUGAACCUACGAAUCAUUUGGAUUUGGAGGCUUGUGUAUGGUUGGAAGAAUAUUUGAAAACAUAUGAUCGUAUUUUAUUAUUAGUCAGUCAUUCACAAGAUUUUCUUGAUGGUGUUUGCAAUCAAACUAUACAUUUGAAUGAAAAGAAGAAAUUAGUUUAUUAUGGAGGUGGAUAUUCAAUUUUUGUUAAAACAAAAGCAGAAUUGGAAGUAAACCAAAUGAAGGCAUAUAACAAGCAACAAGAGGAAAUUGCUCAUAUCAAGAAAUUUAUUGCUUCGGCUGGUACAUAUGCUAAUUUGGUUAGACAAGCAAAAAGUAAACAAAAAAUUAUAGACAAAAUGGAAGCUGCAGGCCUGAUCGAGAAGGUUGAAACUCAAUUAAAUUUUAAAUUCAAAUUUUCACAAGUUGAAAAGUUGCCACCUCCCGUUUUACAAUUUGAUCAAGUUUCAUUCUCAUAUAAUGGAAGUACCAAAUUAAAUGAUUUAUUAUAUAGCGAUCUAGAUCUUGCAGUUGAUAUGGAUUCUCGGAUUGCUCUUGUUGGACCUAAUGGAGUAGGCAAAAGCACUUUACUCAAAUUAAUGAUGGGUGAACUUCAACCUGUAAAAGGUCGAAUUGCUCGUCACACAAAUUUGAAGUUAGUAAAAUAUAGUCAGCAUAGUUCUGAUCAACUUGAAAUGGAUUUAAGUCCUAUACAAUAUAUGAGAAAAAAAUUUUCUCAAAUGAAUGAAGAUGUUGAUUUUUGGCGUAACCAAAUUGGUCGUUAUGGUCUCACAGGAGCACAUCAAACGUCACCAAUCAUGAUGCUUAGCGAUGGUUUGAAAACUCGUUUGAUCUUUGCUGUAUUGGUGUUAUCUACUCCUGACAUCGUAUUAAUGGACGAACCUACAAAUCAUUUGGAUAUGGAAAGCAUCGAUUCAUUGGCAAAAGCUAUUAACGAAUUCACUGGUGGCGUGGUGUUGGUUUCUCACGAUUUUCGGUUAAUCUCUCAAGUUGCAAAAGAUAUAUGGUUGUGUAAAGAUAGGAACGUGCAACCAUGGAAUGGAACAAUUGAAGAAUAUAAAAAAUAUUUGGCUAAAGAUAACUAA